AAGAUCGAUAAGGAUGAACGAUGAUAAAGUCAAAUGAAACGGCCAGAGAGAAAAAAGAGAAGAAAUAAUAAAACGUCGGCGAAUGAGUUCAUAGAGACGUCGUUGGCGCACCUGUGUGCAUGCAACUUUGUGGAUUGGGUGAAUUUGAUUUUCAGGAAAAAGAAAAAAGGAUUCGAUUCGUGUUCAUUCAAAGAAAAAUGAAGUUUCUGAUUCUCGUUUGCUGCCUCCUUUCAUGCGCUGCAGGUAAGUCCCUGUUCCCGCGACUGCCAUUGUUGUUGAGGACCGAACAGCCGUCACUCCUCGGCGGAGAAAAAAUCGUCGGCGGCACCCAGGCCACUCCCAAUGAAUUCCCCUGGCAAAUAUCUCUCCAGAGACGCGGCGCUUUCUCGUCCUAUUCCCACAGUUGCGGAGGAUCCGUCUACAAUAAUUAUUACAUCAUUGACGCCUCUCAUUGCGUGGACGGGGUCACCGAUCUGAGCACAUUGCGGGUAGUUGCCGGCGAACACAGUUUGGCACAGAAUUCCGGAUACGAACAGACCCGUUCUGUGUCGUCGAUUAAAAUGCACGUCAACUACAAUUCAGAUACAUUUGAAAACGAUAUCGCCCUCCUCAAAUUGAGUUCGCCGCUUGAUUUCUCAACCGGCAAAGUCGGGCCGAUCAAUCUGCCGGCCCAGGGAGCGACUAUCGAAACCGGAACAACAUGUCUGGUUACCGGAUGGGGCACCACGAUCGCUGGCGGUGGGGGUUCAGUCUCGGACGUGUUGCGCAAAGUGGCCGUGCCCAUCGUUUCCAACAGCGAUUGCAACUCCAUGUACGGAGGCAAUUACAUUUUGUCGUCCAUGUUGUGCGCUGGAUUCGUAGCCGGUGGAGCCGAUUCUUGCCAAGGGGAUUCGGGAGGACCCUUGGUCACGUUGAAUCCUAACGUCCUAGUCGGUGUCGUCUCUUGGGGAAACGGGUGCGCUGAUCCAGGAUAUCCGGGAGUCUACACGAGAGUUGCGUCAUUUACUAACUGGAUCAAGACUAACGCUGUAUAAAUUCCGGACAAAAGUCCACACCAACGAACGUUAUCAGAUUUUUGAAAUCCCUGUAGAAAUGGACGAGAAGUUUCCCAUUCGAUUAUCGGCGCUUUCUUUAAGAAUUAAUUUCAUUGCUCUUA